AUGGCUCCUGGCUACGAUGCCGCUGUUGCGAAAGACACCCAAGUCCUCUUCCUGGACAAAUCGCAAUCACGAAUGCCGGAGGCAGAUUACAAGUUCAAGAAUUAUCAUGGGAUGACGAUUGCACUUGGUCGGAUCUUGGAUAUACAGACCCGAAAGAACAGCUGUUUCUUAUGUGCAAGCGUGGCAACAUUAGUCCUUCGUGAGGGUAACAUCGAUCAAAGACUGACUGCUUAUCUUAAGAUCAUUGGAGCGUUCUUCCCUUGCAGCAGUAUUUAUGUAGAAGGGGAGAACGGCUCUCGGGCAAUCGAUGCACCUCUCUAUAGAGACAGUUAUUCUUUGGACGCAGCGAAAAUGCCAGACUUCACGUUGGAUUGUAGCGUGGGCGACAUUGGCUGGCUGACUGUUCAGAAAUGGGUUAAAGAAAGUCCAGAAGACGAUAGAUCGUCAGAGCUUCCCGAUGGAAAAUACAAGCCUGUUGAAGUCGUUUCUGACUGA